AUGGCUCGUCGAUGCGGCAGCCGCUCCAGCCGCUCCAGCAUCGAACCUCCGGUCAAAGGCCAAUGCGAGAGGGAGGCUGCAGAAGCAUCUAGUGGCGCCGCCGCCCCGCCGCCAUGGGCGCCGAUCGACAGUGGAUGGAAGCCCUGGAAGGUCGUGCUAGGCUGCUUCUGUCUCACAGUCCCCACGUACGGCCUGCUCAGCAGCAUCGGCCUAUUCCAGACAUACUGGCACCGCACCGUCCUGCGGGACCACGCAGAGAGCACCAUCUCGUGGAUCAUCUCCGUCCUUGGCUUCCUGAGCUGUCUCUUCGCGGCGCCUGCAGGCAUCCUGUUUGACCACUACGGCUCGCGCUGGUUGCUCCCGCUCGGGUGCGUGGUCUACGUCGCCUCCCUCAUUGGCCUAUCGUGUGCCUCGACGUACGCCCAGUUUAUGGCCUGCAUGGCGCUGGCCGGCGUCGCUGCUGUCCCCACGACCAUUUCCUUUAGUGUCGUGAGCCACUGGUUCGAAGCCAGAAAAGGCCUUGCGAUCGGCUGCGCUGUUGCUGUUGGGCAACGUGGUUGUCGAGACCAAUGUGGCCCCCCGGCAGACAGCGAGCGACGGUUCGGGGCCCACGGGCGUGUCCCACGUGCUGACAUGUUCCGAGUUUUGGUCGUCAGCUACACUCUCUUCGCGUACGAGAUUGUGCUCUUCAUUCAAUGGGCCUCUAUCCCCUCGUAUGCCGCCUCGGCGGGUGCUGGGAACAAACGGUUCUACUUGAUGGUGUCGUACAAUUUUGGCGCUGUGUUGGGCCGGACUGUGCCCCCCUGGCUCUCCGAUCGCCUGCUCGACUCAUUGAACGCCACCAUCUCGAUGAACGUCUUCACCUUGCUCGUCGUGUUGGCCAUCUGGAUGCCCCUCGGGACGUCGUCCACAGCCGGGCUCUUCGUGGUGGAAGUGCUGAUGGGCAUUGUAACGGGAAGGUUCGUUCCCCUUGGCGUCUCGUGCAUUCACGCGGUCUGCAACCCGCAGAACACGGGAACCUGGUUGGGCGCCGCCUACAGCAUCGUCCCAUCUGCGACCCUGAUUGGGAACCCCGCCUCAGCAGCGAUCCUCGCUCGCUACCGAUCCAACGCGCUCGUCGCUUUCCUCCGCCGCCGCUCGCAGCCGCCUUGGGAUGAGGGGUGA